AUGAAUCCCAUAGAUGAAGUAAAGAAUUGGCUGAAUCUUAACGUGGGACAAAACUUUGAAGAUUCUUAUCCAAGUUCAAAACCAAUCUCAGUGAAGAUAUGCCACUUCUGCAAGAGGAAGUUCUACAGCCCACAAGCACUUGGGGGUCAUCAAAAUGCUCACAAAAGGGAGAGAGAUGCAGCAAGAAGAUACCACUCACUUAACAUGGACACUAAGUUCCCAAUUCAUCGAGCACUUGGUGUGCAUACACACUCGCUUCCAAAUGAACCAACCACAAACAAAGGGGGGCAAAUAAUGGUAACAGUGGGUGAGUAUGGAGCAACAUGGGUGAAUGGUGAAGAGGGUUUAAUGUGGCCUGGGAGUUUUUAUUUGGAUUCACAAAUGGUGGCUUCUCAGCCAUCGGAUCAACUCUCACUUGAUUUAACCCUCAAGUUGUGA